AUGUGCAAUGUACAGGAAUGGACGUCCCGCCUGUUUCCCUCCCUGGCCGUGCACUCCGUCUCGUCCGAUCCCGCCCGGCCGGCCGUGACGUUCAGCUUCACCGUGGAGCGGCAGCACUGCAACCGGCUCAACAACAUGCACGGCGGCUGCACCGCCUCGCUCUUCGACCUGUGCACGUCCUGCGUGCUGGCCCUCAUCUCGCGCCCGGGCUAUUGGUCCUUCCUAGGCGUGAGUCGCACCCUGAACACGACCUACCUGCGCCCAGUGCCCGAGGGUUCCGCCGUGUUGAUUGAGUGCGAGAUCACCCAGGUCGGCCAGCGCCUGUGCUCCCUGCGCGGCGUCAUGCGCAGGGCGAGCGACGGCGCCGUGCUUGCCACGUGCGAGCACGGCAAGGUCAACAAUGAUCCCGAGGCCGGGGGCAAGCUGUAG